AUGAGUCCCUGUGUUUGUGUGUGUGUUCUGCUGCUGCUGGCUGUUUGUCAGAGUCAGGCUCUGUAUGUCCCACCCACAGAAGAAGAAGCCAUGCCCCCUGAAGAUCUCACUGUAGACAUCAGCCAACAGAUCCUGACCUCCAACAAUAACUCAGACGUGUUCCUCCUGGACGGUGACCUGCUGCCUCCCAAAAACAGAAACGCCAUGCGGUGCUCCUGGGGCCAGAGCUGCCUGUGGCCUAAAGGCUCCGACGGCCUGGUGACCAUUCCCUACACCAUCAACAGUGAGUUUAGCAGCUAUGAAAGAAACCUGAUGGACCAGGCCAUGCAAGCCUUCCACAGAUACACGUGUGUGCGCUUGGUGCCUCGUCAGAGCCAGUCCGACUACAUCAGCAUCGAGAACCAGAGCGGCUGUUUCUCAUCUAUGGGCCGACAGGGGGGCCGGCAGGUGCUGUCUCUGAACAGACAGGGCUGUGUGCACCCAGGAGUCAUUCAGCACGAGAUCAACCACGCCCUGGGCUUCCAUCACGAACAGAACCGCAGCGACCGCGACUCCUACGUCACCAUCAACUGGAACAACGUGGACCAGAAGAUGGCCUACAACUUCCACUUAGAGUCCACCAACAACCUGAACACCCCCUACGACUACUCCUCCAUCAUGCACUACGGAAGAACGGCCUUCUCCAUCAACGGGCAGGACACCAUCACCCCCAAACGCGACCCCAACAUCUCCAUCGGUCAGAGACAGGGCCUGUCCUUCUGGGACGUCCAGAGGAUCAACAUGCUCUACAGCUGCCCCAAGUAGAAUGUUGCUGUGACAGAUCCAGCUUUAAAUGUGUGUGAUUGGUGA